AUGAAUCGAGCUGGGCUGAAGCAAAUUCAACAGGAUCUUCGCUUAUACCUAAAGAGUGUGCAGCACUCAAUGAUAGAAUUAAUCAAUGACGAUUACGCGGAUUUUGUGCAUCUGUCAUCUAAUCUCGUCAGUCUACAAAAUGCUAUAGACAAGAUUGAGAGCGACAUGAACGUGAGUGCAUCAAAUUCGGUGUCAACAAUAUGGGCUGAAUUCGAAAGCAGCACCAACGAUGCUGUCAAAACAGCCGAACGUGUUGAAUCAUUCUGCGUGGAGCUCUCUCACAACAGAUUGUCUCAGGUUGAGCUUCGCCAUCGCAUCUCUUUUUUAUCUGCAUUACAACGUCUUUCUGAUUUGAUGAAAAGUAUUCCGCAAACUCUAAGUUUUCUUUGGUUAGAGAAGGUGUCUUCAUGUCUAGUAGAUGCAAGUUCAUACAAAGAAGAUUUAGCGAAAGAUAGUCGUGAAUAUAAAAUGUUCACCAAGUUACUUGAGAGGCUGGAAACCGUCCUCUGUGAUGAGGGAGUACGUAGUGCUAGCGGAGACUGUGCUUCUCUUCCUCAUGUACUAUCUCUUCUCACAUUGGCAGACUGCACAGAAUCACUGACUGCUCGCCUAGUCUCUGACUUGAUUUAUCCAAGACUAGUCCGUCCAUCGAAGGACCACUUUGAAAUGCUGAAGGCUGUUUUUGCUGGUGUGAAAGAGAUGCGAACUAAAUGGAGUGAUCUGCUUGGGUCGAAGUACAGCGGUUCCAUACAGGCAUUUCUUGAACAGACUUUGCUCACAUUUUUGUUGACGUUCAUUGACAAGUGCAUGGGGACUGUUGCCGUUCCGAGCAAUACCUCUCUUUUUCACCGCUGCUUUACAGCCAUGCAGGACUUCAUUGAUAAUUGGCCAUCACACGCACAUUCUAGAACUAUGUUAAAAGCUGUUCGAGAUAAAUUCAACUUAGUUGUUUACUUCAAACUAGUUACUCAUAAGCUUGUUCGCCAAGUGGACAGUGAAAUGACUCCAGAAUCUUUGAAAUUCCUUGACGAGGAGCUGCAACGUAAAGAUGGUCUUCUCUGCGCAGUUUCCUCAUCAAUACUCAAAACAGUUGAAACAGUCUGGUCUGAAGAUGUUUUUCUUUAUCCUAUUGCAGACAAAUUGUGGGACCUCACACUGCGCUUACUAGGGAAGCAUUUAGCUUGGGCUAGAGCCCUUUUGGAAGCUGCUAAACGCAAGGAAACUUCUGGUUGGGGAGGAGUCGAGCCAUGGCGCGCUCUCUUAGCUGCUCGAUGUGAUCUACAGAACUUGCAUUCCAAAAUUUUCGAUAUGGCUCUUGAGGAGUUGUGGCCUAAACUAGGAGAUAUGGGAAUCGAUACUUCUCUGUUUGGCCAAUGUCUUACUCGUUUUGGUAUCCUUGUUAAUGAGGAAUGUACAAAAAUUGAUGAAGAAAUCAGCACUUUAGUUUCUUCUGCUCUGUCGAAG